ACACUGCUGGCAGCUGUCGAGCGGAAAACGCAGCAAACAAAAGUCGCGGCGCAGUUACAAAAGGAAAUCGAGAUUAAUUUGUACAAAGCGUACAAAUACUAAUGCAAAUAAAAAAGCAUUAACAAAUUGCGAUAAAUAAAGUUAGUUAAGUGUGAGUGUGCUGCUUGCUGUUGUAAAGUGAAGAAUAUACAUAUAAUUAUCCAGCCAGCUAGCCAUCCAUCGAUUUGCGUAGCUAGCAAAAUAGCACUGCAAUUUGCAGCUGCCUUUUUUCGUGUUGUUUUAUUGUUGUCUCUGCCAGUGUAUGUGUGUGACGCACGCACACUAACAUCUAGUGGCUAGUUUGAAGAGCGCGCGCGGCAAAAACGUUUUCGCUAUUGUGUAGCGUGAGUGUGUGUGAGUGAGUAUUAGUCAUUUUGGCCUGGCCUGUUGGUCGUUGGUCUUGUGUCUUGGGUCCGGUCUUGGCUUUUGUUUGUUAACCCGUAACACAUUUGGAGCGCAUCAGCAGCAUAAAUAAAACAACAACAACAAAACAGCAGCGUCGUCGUUACGGCCAAAUCAGCAAAAGGCACAAUGACCAUACCAUCGAGACCAGCGCCAGCGCCGCCAGGAUCGCGAGGCCAAAGCGCAGCGGCGGGUGCGAAUGCGAGUCUGGAGCAACUGCGACUGCAACUGCAACAGCAACAUCUGCAGCAGCAGCAGGCAGCCAACGGCGGGUUGCAGAAGUUGACCAUCAAGUUGCCACCGCCACCGAAGGGACCAAUGCAACAACAGCAUCAGCAAAAGUGGAACAACAACAACAACUUCUUUGAUGUGGAUAGCAGCAGCACAACAACGGGAUCAAGCAUAACGAGAAAGUUUCCCCAAGCACGCUACACUCCAGCGACCAAUUGGAAUGACUCACCAUUCGAUAGCGCUGCUGGGAAUGGCAACAGCUUUAAGAAGAUGCCGCCGCCGCGACCGCCACCGCCAAAAGUGCAGGUCAAUGGUCGCAAAAUGACGACGACGUCGACGACGAGUGGUGCUGUUGGCGGUGGCAGUGGCGGGGGAGCUGGUGGCAUCAUUAGCAACAUAUUCAAUCGCAAAAAGUCGACGACGGCAACGGCAUCGGCUGCUGCUUCCAAGGCCGCAGCGCAGAGUCGCGUCUACGGCCUGAGCAGCGGUCAUGCCGGGGCAGCCACGUCCUCGACUGCAGCAACGGCUACGUCAACGUCGAGUGCCAAUCUUUACGAUUGGAAUGCGGCGUGGAAUACGGCGAGCACAACGACCACGUCGAUGACAACAACGAAUGUGACCAAGAACAGCUAUCGAAGUGAGGCAGAUGCACAGCUCAUCAGCUUUGAUUCGCCGCCAUCAUCGCCCACAUUCACACAGAAGUCGAACAGUGAUUGCGUCAGCGUGGAUAGCUUCAGCUCGGACAGCAAUUUCAGUUCGCCCAACAAUGGCAGCGUAUCGCAGCCGGAGAGCGGUUUUGAGGAUGAUUACACACGGUCACGACCGGCCACACAGAGCCCCCUGGUGGAUCCAUGGGAAGCGGUGGACAACAACAUCUAUGGUGGUGGCGUUGAUAGCUUUGGUGCGGCGCCAGUGCGUCAAAUGCAGACGACGCAGUACCAGCAGCAGCAGCAAUCUAUGCGCAGCUCGGAUAAUCCGCUGUGCAAUGGUCGCAGUCUGUUGCCGCCCACACAAUCGCUGAGCAUGCCCACCAUCAUCAAGCCGAAGAUCUCGGCCAAGCCCAAGGCGCCAAAGCCGCCGCCAUUCAUUGGCCAGCCACCGACGUUUGCCUAUGGCAACAGCACGCCACCAUCGCCACCCAUGCCCAAGGGUGCUCCACCGCCGCUGUCAGCAGCAGCUGCCUCUGCGGCUCCGGCUGGUCACAUUUCGCUGCUGGACGUGAUCUCGGGCAAAGUGGAUGCGUUGGCGUUGAGCAACGGCAGCUCGGGUUAUGUGGAGGAGGCUCAGCUGGCAUAUUGCGUAGCGCUCUAUGACUUUGAUGGCGUCGAGGAAGGCGAUCUGAGCUUUAGAGAGAACGAAAAAAUCUAUCUGCUGGAGCAGCCCACCGAAGAGUGGUUCCGAGGACGCACGCGUGCUGGCUGCGAAGGUCUAUUUCCGGUUAAUUAUGUGGAAGUCAAGGUGCCAUUGGGCGGUGCUGCGGAAAGUGUAGCUCAGUCCCAUCAACAACAGCCACCGCCACAACAACAACAGCACGCGACGAUGGUGCGUUGUUUGUAUAAUUUCCCUGGCGAGGUGGAGGGAGAUUUGGCCUUAAGAGAGAACGAACUGGUCAAUGUGCUUUAUCGUAUCAACGAGGAUUGGCUUUAUGGCGAGGUGAAUGGACGACAGGGUCAAUUCCCGGCCAAUUUCCUAGAGUAUCAGCCCGAAAAUCUGCCCACGCUGUGAGGGCAAUCAAUAAAAUAAAAAUAAAGAGAAAAACAAUACAUAUUAACGAUAAUAUCAAAAAGCAGUUGGAGCAGAAGCAGGAAUAGAAAAAAGCAAAAACUAUAUUUAAAUAGCUAUUAUACAAGGAAUUCUAUGUCGAUAAGGGCGAAGCAGCAUAAUGUUGUUGGAACUGAACCAUAUUGUAUUUCCACCAACACAAACCGAAAGAAACACACACAAAACACAAAGCGAUUAACUAAUUAUACAUACACAAAAACAUGAUAUUUCUGUUAAGAUUAAUUAGCGACUUUAGGAAUUAUUUUAACAAAUCCAUUUUAAUGCUAUUGCAUCGAAUCAAAAUGCUGAAUUGGCUUUGAAAAUAAAAAGAAUUGUUUGAUUUCCAUUCGAUUGUUAAUGUAAUUUAUUUGUUUAUAGCUUUGCGCGCGUUUUGAUAAAUGUUUAUGUAAAUGCUUUUUUUUUUGGAUUUAGUUCCCGUUUUAGUUUAUAGUUAACUAGUUAGGCAAACCGUUUAAACCAUUUCCAAUAUUGCUGCAUAAUCUGAUUAACUUAUAUGAACGAUGUGUGUGCUAUCCGAAAGACGGAACGAAAGAAAUUAGCUCUUAAGCUAUAGAACCUAGUUAGAUAUUCAGGCAACUAAGUAUACACAUAUGUAUGUCAAACUAUACGAUGAACUGAAAUAAAUGUAAACCAAUUAUAAAAA